AUGGCUCGCCGUAAAAAGAACAGGACUCAUCUCAAGGGGGGCGUUGUUGCAGAUGGGUCAGCGAGUGUAGAUAAAUCGGGCGGCCCCAAAUCCUUCGUUGUCAAACAUGGUCAGGUUGGCCCAGCCUUGUCACAAUUAGUUCGUGACCUACGCAAAGUAAUGGAGCCGAAUACUGCUAGCAGAUUGAGGGAAAGAAAACGGAACAAGUUGAAAGACUAUCUUGUCAUUGCACCGACACUGGGCGUAACGCAUAUUAUUGCGCUUACACUUACUCCUAUCGCCCCGUCGCUACGAAUAGUGAAGCUCUCUGCAGGUCCCACUCUGAGCUUCCGCAUAGAGAGUUACAGUCUUGCAAAAGACCUGCUCGGUGCGAGCCGACAUGCACGGAGCAUUGGAAUGGAAUACCUGUCUCCCCCGCUUCUCGUUCUAGCAUCCUUCCCGCCUCCAGGUCCAGGAACCCCGCCCCACCUCUCGCUCAUCCAAAAGUUCUUUCAAGCACUGUUCCCGCCACUAUCACCUCACACCGUCUCUUUAUCCUCUGCCCGGCGAGUUAUUCUCAUCUCAUACAACUCGGAAUCUGGGACCAUCUCGAUUCGGCACUACCUGAUCGGGGUUCGGGCUCUUGGAGUCAGUCGACAUAUCCGCAAACUCGUCGACGGAAAGGCGGCAGCAUCUCAUAAAGUGCUUGACCUAGGAAAGGAAAAUGACUUGGCUGAUUAUGUGCUCCGCGCACCAGGAGAAACCGGUCCAGAUGGGUAUGAAAGUGCCUCGUCUGCAGCAAGCGAUGUUGAUGGAGAGGGUGGAGCGGCCGAAGUACAUCUCGCGGGCGAUUACGUGGGAAGAAACAACCGAGCGGGGUCUAAACGAGCUGUCAAGCUUACAGAAAUUGGACCAAGGCUUGAACUUCGCUUGGUGAAAAUUACUGAAGGUGUCCCUGGAAAGCAAGGCGCUGUCCUCUAUCAUGAAUUUGUCAAAAAGACGGCUGCCGAAACUUCUGCAUUGAAAAAGGCUGCAGCUGCUCGGGCGAAGCUCAAGAAAGAGCGCAAAGAAGAGCAAGCUCGUAAUGUUGAACGAAAGAAGGCGGAAAAGGAGCGACAGAGUUCCAAGGGCAAAGGCAGGCAAGGGGAUGGCCAAGGUAGUGGAGAUGAGGAAGUCAUGGAUGAAUAUAGUGACGGGAGUGAACAUAUGGACGAAGAAGAACAGGAGGAGGAGGAAGCGGAGAGCUUAGACGAAAUGCCAUCCGAGGACGAAUGGGACGAGGACGAGGAUGUCAGCGAAGGAAGUGAUGAGGACGAAGGUGUCGAUUCAAGCGAAGACGAAGCCGCACCUGAACCUCCUCGUCCGACUAAAAGGUUUCGUGGAAAGGCGACUGCUCCAAAGGGGACCAUAACUACCCACCUCUGGACGAUUUCCUUGGCCACUGUAACCUACUUGAGCCUAGCACAUCCUCUUGGGUCCAUCAUUCCACGCAUUGAAUCAGUCUGGUUUGGCAUAGGACUCUGGAUAUAUGCCCUGGCGAUCGGUCUGAGCGUCGGUAUUUGGAAAUUAAGUGGAGCUACUUACAUUGGUGGAUAUUGCGACUUUGGCGGUGAAGCUUGGAAGUAUAAUGAACUCGUGAAUCUUAUACCAAGGUUGUUCGUACUCAUAACCAUAGCAUCAGUAUAUGCACAGCUUCAUGUGCUUCUUCGAUGUCGACAAAGAGGAGUAAAAGAUGUGCUACAGGCCAAACCUGAAGAGUACUGGCGGGAUUUGGACCAACCGCUCGCACAUGAAGGAACUGGUAUCCAGUCCGUCAAACACAGCUACCAAGGUUCAACUUUGGAUCAAAAUGCUUUAGAGAUGUGGGAGUCGGGACCUACCGUUUGCGAGACUCGGGCUGUUGAUGGGAGCUCAAGUUUGAUCACUGAGAGUGUGGCUGAUUUUAUCAGUCGAAAAGCUCGCACCCUUAUUCUGCUAUUCCCGCUUUCGACCAUUCUUGUACCUGAGUCUGACAUAAGCUACCCCGCAAAUAGUCGCCUGUCAAACGCCUUGUCUCUAUCAAGGCGUUCUCUGCGUCCACACCAUACCAUGACACGUCCGUCCAGUGACGCUAUCUCAUCGACGAGUUAUCUGCCUUUUGCUGUAGCAUGGGUGGCUGUUUGUGCAUUCCAGCACGGUUACCACAUCGCAGCACUGAACCAAAUAUCAGAUGUCUUAACUUGUAAAGUCUCCAGCGAUCCUAAAGCGACUUCAGAAGGAUGGCUGUCUCUCUGUGUACCAAUGGACGACGCACAAUUUGGCGUUGUCACCGCUGCAUUCACUAUCGGUGGCUUCGCUGGCAGUCUGUGUGCCGACCGUUUCCUGAACAAGGGACGUAAGCAUGCGGUCUCGUGGCACGCGAGUCUCCUUGUUGUCGGAACUACUCUUAUGAGUCUUGCCAAUUCGAUUGCCGUAUUGGUCCUUGGGCGUUUGGUAAUCGGGUUUGCCUGUGGCAUUGGUAUCUGUACCGUUCCUAUUUACUUGGCCGAAGUAUCACCUCCGGCUAUUCAAGGCCGAAUUGGCGUUCUCAAUCAACUCGGGAUUGUCUUUGGUAUCUUUGGAACUAGCGUUUUGGGUCUUUACCUCGCUACACCUUCCACCUGGCGUUGGGUAAUCUUUGCAUCUGCGAUCGUAUCAGCUGCCCAGUUGGUCUGGAGCUUGUUCGUUGUUGAAUCUCCAUCCUGGCUGCGGGCGCAGGGUCGAACGGAAGAGGCCACCCAUGUUGCUGCUAGGCUCUGGGAUGUCACCAAGGUGGCUGAUCAGGAUGAGGGCGAGGCGUUGCUCCGGAGCGAAGUUGAGGCGCAUGUGCCGGACCAAGCUGGCGAAGAGAGCGAUCGCCCAGCGAUCAACGUCCCCACGCUGCUAGCUUCCAGUGACCUACAUGGACCCAUGGCGAUCGUCCUUGUAGCUAUGUUGGUUCAACAGGCUUCUGGUAUCAAUGCCGUCAUCUACUAUAGCAAUAACAUCCUCUCACGCGUGGUCCCCAGGGAGGCCGCUGCCUAUACCUCGCUUGGAAUCACAGUCCUUAACGCUAUCAUGACAUUCCCUGCUAUCUUCCUGGUUGAUCGUCUUGGACGGAAGCGUUUGUUUAUGGCUUCGAUGAUGGGUGCCAUUGUUUCUAGCGCUGCCCUUGGAAUAGCCCUCGAUAAUGGAAUUACCGCGCUGAGCAGCGUUGCCGUUCUUGGAUUCAUUGCCUCCUUCGCAAUCGGCCUUGGUCCUGUUCCGUACUUGAUGAUCAGUGAACUGACACCUUACUAUGCUGUAUCUGCUAUGUCUUCGCUUGCCAUGGCCGUGAACUGGUCAACUAACUUCCUAAUUGGCGUUGCUUUCCUGCCAUUACGCAAUUUCCUAGCAAAACUGUCUUUUGGUGACGCAGUCCCAGAGGGUAGUGGAGAAGGUCGCAUUUUCUAUGUGUUUGUGAUUGCCAUGAUCAUCUGCACGUCAUACCUCUCAGCAGCCUGGAAGCCCACCGCUCUGCGCCAGCCUCCCGGAUGGACCUUUGGACCGAUACUCUAUGGGAUAGGAGCAAUUCAUUCUCAAAUGAUACCAAAGACGGUUAGUGGAUUGGCUAUAUGCCUAUCCCAAAUUGCCACGUUGAGCUUUCCGUUGUGUAUUGUCGUCUUUGGUGUUAACGACGUUUACGACUAUGAGACUGACAUUCGAAACCCUCGUAAAUCUGCUACUUCGCUUGAGGGCACCAUUCUUCCUCCAUCACACCAUGACUUCGUAUACCGUUCUGCGAUUACUGCUUCUAUAAUUAAUAUUGCUGCCUCUGUGCUUCCGUAUACAUUUGGACCCACUAGCCUACCAUCAAAUGGCACAAUACAAACGUACGCUCCGGUACUUACGACUACGAUACUGGUUGCUCUUGGCUGGAUGUACUCGGCUCCACCCGCCAGGUUCAAAGAAAUACCUAUAAUUGAUUCCAUUUCGAAUGGUCUAAUUGUUUUCUUGUCUUGGUUCUUGGGAUAUGUAUCUUGUCGCGUGCUCGCGGGUGACCGUGGUAUUGGAUGGAAGAUGGCAGAUGUCCCAUCAAAAGGAUACGUAUUGGGGCUGGUCACCGCCUCUGUACACGCGCUGGGUGCGGCCGCCGAUAUCGACGCCGAUUUGGCCGCGGGUCAACGAACGAUUGGGACCGUGCUAGGAAGCCGAGGCUGUGCAACUCUGGGUGUGGUUGCCUAUGGCCUGGCACUUCUCACCGAGCCACUCGCAUCAAUUUUCGGCGUGUACCUCAUUGGAGGGUUGGGAGUAAUGCUAUCUGUAUGCGCAGUUCCAACGCCCUCGUGGGUUCAUCGGGCCUUCAAGGGAAUUGUAUUUUGGACCGUAGGGAUGUCAGUCCUCUGGUUUGGAGCAAAGCUGGGUAAGAGAUCGGUGUAA